AUGGCAAGACACAAGAAACAGUCAGCCGCCGCUGCCCCGGACGAGCAGACAGUCGCCUCAAAGCUUCGGCGCCCUGCAAUCAAAUGGGACCAUCGAAAAGAUAAAUACCUGCUUCUUGCAGUCUUUGCACAGCAGAACACUCCAGCCCCCGAUUACAAGCAGCUUGCAGAUGCCCUAGGGAGCGAGACAUAUUCUCCGGACGCCGUGAAGCGACGCCUCCUUACCCUCAAAGAAAUGGCCGCGGCAGUCAUAGAAGACCGUCACGAUCGCCACGAAGAGACAGCGGCGGAGCAGAGUGCCACCGAGGACGAUGAUAUUAUUCUCGUAAAAGAGACAGCAGUGCAGGCUCCAAAAACCACAAUAAACGGUCCGCCCACUCCCUCUUCCUCGCAGCGUCAAGCCCAGCCUCGAGUUCAACAAGUUGCCCCAAAAGCCAACACACGCCCUCCUCCUAGCCAGCCCACAAACCAGAAGAAUGAUCAGAACAGCCAGAACACUGCACCAUUCAACAGGCAGAUAAACAAUCAGAUGAACCACCCGCAUAGCAGGACGCGGAGGUCGAGACGGAAUCGAAAGACUGCAAAUCAGCCUUCUCAGGUCCUGCGCAUCGUUGGUCAGAGCAGCGUGUUGAGGGCAUGA